GUCGCGCUCCGCUGUGACGGCGGAGGAUGCUGCGAUCGAGCGGUUCUGGAGCGGCUCUGUUCGCAUCGGGGACGCUUUGUCGCGUCUGCGCUCCGGGUAGUUGAAAUUUCUUGCCAUUCGUUUCACGUUUUGUUCGGAAUGAUGGAUUUCCUUGUGCAGCUAUGGACGAGUGUGUAUGGAAGAAAUGUUAUUUCUAAGAGAAAUGAACAGAAAUAAUCCAUUUUGAGGAAGGCAUGGCAAAAUCAAAUACAAAACACAGAGUGUGUUCUCGGCAGUCUUCAGUAUCUUCUUUGCUAGCAAGCUGCAGCCUGAGUGGUAGUCAUUCCUCUAACUCUGAUGGCUCUUUUCAGUACAAGGAUAAACUGUACAGUUCUGCGUCACAGGCUCUGCAGGCCUAUAUUGAUGACUUUGAUCUAAGCCAGAUGUGUCCUGGUGUAACCACUGGAAAGAUGAACAUUUACAAAUGCCCUGCUAAUGUGCCAGAAUUCUCCAGCUAUGUUUAUAAACCAAACAAUGCUUUUGAAAAUUUUGAUCACAGAAAAGGCUCCUUAUCUUCCAGAAGACGGACUACUAAUGACAUAGACUCCAUUAGCUUAACGACUGAUGAUCUAUUAAAACUUCCAGCGGAUGGAUCAUUUCCUUUUACUUGUGUUGGACCAGGUCACCGAAGUAGCAAGAAAACCAAGAGAGGCGUUGGAAGACUGGGUUCGUCGGACACUGAAAAGAAUCAACAUUUUCAAGAACCCCCCACUGCCAUGAGCGAGGAUAACUUAGCAAACAGAAAUGUAAAUGGAAAGCAGUCUCGUAGGCUAAAAAACUUAAAACUUGUAAAUAAUACUAAUAAAUGUAUUUCUGGACCAUCUUUAUCUUCUUCCAAGAAAUCUCUCAAGGACAGUUCAGAACACAAUCUUGAAAAGAAUUACCCCAGGUGGCUCACUGGCCAGAAAUCGGACCUUAAUGUUUCAGGGAUAACUAGUAUACCUGAUUUCAAAUACCCAGUCUGGCUCCACAAUCAAGACUUGCUACCUGACACACAGAGCCAGAGGAUUCAUAAAAUAUUUAAAGAAGAGCAGUGUUCCCCAAGGCAUAGUUAUCAGGCACAAAGAACUUCUCGACUUACGAGUAAAUUAGAUUGCUUCGAAUAUUCUUUUGAACCCUCAAACAUUUCAGAUUUCUUGAGUGGUGAUAAAGGAUUAGGUAAUGAAUAUAAAUGUGAUUCUGAACCUAGCCAAUGUCAAUGUGAAAAUCCACUUCUUCCAGGACAAUCUGAAAAGCCAUUCAGUGGUGACAAAAUUGAAUUGCUCAUCCUGAAAGCCAAGAGGAAUCUCGAGCAUUGUACUGAAGACCUACCGAAGCCUAUGAAACAGGACGACAGUCCGUGUUCACUAGAUAAACUUGAAGCAGAAAGGUCGUGGGAAAAUAUUCCUGUUACUUUCAAAUCUCCCGUUCCUGUUGACUCUGAGGAGGGCCCUCAGCAGGCUUCCAGGGCGAAGUGCGAUAAGCGGCUCCUUGAAGACUUUUUGAAUGAUGAUGAUCAGGGCUGCACCCUUUCUGGAGGGAAACACCAUGGCCCUGUGGAAGCCCUGAAACAGAUGUUAUUUAAUCUUCAGGCUGUGCAAGAAAGUUUUAACCAGAAUAAAACUAUAGAGCCAAAAGGAGAAAUUAAGCAAGUUUCAGAAGAUGAUUUCUCUAAAUUACAGUUGAAGGAAAGUAUGGUUCCUAUCACUAGGUCACUUCACAAGGCUUUGCACCAUUUAUCUCGCCUGAGAGACCUGGUUGAUGAUACCAGUGGGAAACAGUCACCGAAAACGUGAAGAGGAAAUUAAGAGUCUAACCAAUAAAUAGUCACCACAAAACAAAAACGUAUUUUUUCCUAUUGCAACUGGCAGAGCUAUUGUAAGCCAUACACUCUUCAGAUUGGUUCAAUUAUUAUAUAUUUAAAAAACAAACAAACUUGAAAAUGUCCAUAGCUUUUGCGACCUAUCCUCAUUUUGUACCCGAAUACCAGAAUGUGGACCGGGGGGACCCACACGGUGUCCUGUGGUUGGACUUUGGUCUUCAGGCCAGCAAAUGUCUGACAUCCGAAGGUGGAUGGCUCCAGUUCUCGAAGCACAUGUGGACUUAACCCUCUUCAUCAUCCUCGUCAUUUUAUCGUCUCUUUUCUGGAUUAUUAAGAAACUUCCUGGUUUCUAGUUAAAAUCUCUGAAGCGGAAUAGACUUUCUGAUACAAUUAGCAUCCGUUUUUAAGAGGCUUUGAGGAAUAUCAAAAUUGUGGAGGAAUAUCUUAGAGGAAUAUCUUACCCAUAUGGAAGUAUGUUAUUUUUAAGUUUCGUAAAUCAAAUAUUUAAGAUAUGUUGUGUUUACAAAUAACUUUAAUAAUGGGGUGGUUCAGUGCUAAAAGGAAUAUUUUAUGUUGUGAAAUCCAAGAGAACUUUAAUUAAUGCUUUGAUUUUGAUUCUCUGUUAGAUCAUCUUGGUAAUACUUGAGAGUUUACGAACCAUUAUUGGGGGGGAUAUUUGAAAAUUUAAUAUUUUGAUAUUAGAUUUUUUAAAAAUUUUAAUUUUAGGGUCAAAGUAGUAAAAACUGUGAGAUCAGUGACCAGAUGUUUUAUGAAAUUUUAUGACUAAACUUAAAACAAAUAUGGGAAAUCAGAAAGCAAUACUCUAUUUCAAAGUUAUUUUUAAGAA